AUGAUCUAUGAUAAUGAUGAAAAUGAUACAGAGAUAAAGCUUGCUCUUCUUUCUUCAAUUUUUCCAGAUAAAUCAAUUGAAACACUUCUUGAAAAAUUAGUAGAAAAUAAUGGGAUUGUUGAAAAUAUAUUGAAUGUUAAUUCACAAUCUGAUUUUAAAAAUGAAAAUGCUCUUUUGAAGAGAAAAAAACAGAGGAAAAUUGAAGAAUUUAUAGAAAAUGAUGAAUAUAAACAUAAACGUACUUUUGUUUCUGGGAAAUUGUCGUCUGAUACUUUGUGGCCGAUUAAAAUGCAAAAUGAUUCUUUUGAGCGUUCAAAACGUGUAAAUGUACAUGUACAACAUUUAUAUUUUCCAGAUCAAAUUGCAAAAUUGACGCCUUGUACAUUAAUUCAUAAUUUUUUAGGGAAAGAUCUAUGCAACUCUUUACUUUUAAAAAUGUUAAAAGAGAGUGAAACAUGGGAAAGAAAUGAAUUUCGGCUUUUUGAACGAAAAGUGGUCUCUCCUCAUAAAUCUUGCUAUUAUCUUUAUUCUGAUGAAAAUAAGCUACUGGAACAAAAGUUUUUCCAUAAUGGAUUAGAGAUUAAAAAUGUUAGAGAGUUUUCUGAAGAAAUGAAUGUUGUUCGUCUUCUUGUUAAAGAUAUUGUUAAUAAAAUUUUGUCAAAAAGAGAAAAUUUAGAAUAUCAAUAUCCUGGAGAAUGGGAUCCUAAUAUUGUGGUUGCUAAUUUAUAUUCUAAUGCCAAAGAAAAUCUUGGAUAUCAUUCAGAUCAAUUGACUUAUUUAGGGCCUAUGCCAACAAUAGCAUGUAUCUCUCUGGGUACUGAACGAGAGUUUCGUUUAAAACGUGUAGGUUUUGAACAUAACGAAAGUGUUAAGAGUAUUCAUUUACCACACAAUUCUCUAUUGAUUAUGCAUUCUCCAUGUCAAGAAGAUUAUAAACAUUCUAUUCAUCCCGCUCAUACAGUUAUGCUACAUCCAAUAUCUGGAACAAUAAGAAUAAGUAUAACAUACAGAUUUUGCCGCAAAACAUAUCAGCCAAAAUAUAUACCAACUUGCAAAUGUAAUAUACCUUCUGUAUUACGUUGUGUUCAAAAAAAAAGAAGUACUAAAGGUAGAUACUUUUGGAGUUGUAAUGCAAAUAAACUUGUUAAUGGCAAUGGUAAAGGUUGUCAGUUUUUUCAAUGGGCUGUGUUUACUAAAGAUGGUGAAAACAUUCUUGCUUAUAAAGAAUAAGAAUUUAUUACAUCAUAUUU